CGUAAUUAUGUGGAGAGUUGUACAAAAACUGCAAGUGCCAAGCGGGGCUCGCUUAACUAGGAUAGGAGAAUCAUCUUCCCUGCUGACAAGUCAACGGUGACCAAAUGAUGAUAGCCAUGGCCUGGUCCGUCAAACCCCUUGGAGAGUAGUAGAGUAGGCACCCUUCACCGUUAAUCUCAGUGAGGCGAGUGACAGCGAAGCUAGAAGAACGAUGUCUUGUUGCUUGAGCGGCCUCGUGCUGCUGCUCCUCCUUGCGCUGUCGGCUCGAGCUCAGACAAACUCUCAGAUCCAGUUCAAUUUUGUCAAUUUCUGAAGGUUAACAUGAUAUCACAAACCCAGCAGCUAGCUACCCUCUUGGCUCUUGACAUCCUAACUUUUCCAAUACCAAGCAAUCCAAAUCCGUUGUGUCGUGCAAUCACACAGAGGCAAGUUAAUUUUGUGAGUGAACAGCUUCUAUCCAAAUUUAUUUAUGGCAAAUGCACUUGAUACAGACGCUGAAGUGAAUUAUAUUUCACAAGGCAUUGGCAGCAACGUCUUUGCUGUUUAACCGCUUCUAUGAUUCUACCAAUUAAGAAACUCAGGAUGGAAAUCGACGGCGAUUACCCGCAUAAUAGAGGAAGCGGGUCAGGGGAGAGGGAAUGUCUGUCCUGCUUCAGUUAGCAAUUUAAUGCUACAAGCUUCAUACGAGUAAUAUCGAUUAGUGUAUAGAUUACACAUACUCCUUGUGAGAUAUGAACCGAAGAUAUGACUUACAUAAGCAUGGAAUUAACCAGCACAUUCAUCCUGGGAUGAGCCGAAGGUUGUAUUCUUCUGUAUGUCCUCUGCUUCAUCGUUGGAGGUUUAGUUGAUCUCUUUUUUUGUGUGCUGUCUAAGACCUAUUAGCGUGCUACACUGAUAUUGCUACUUCUUCAGAAAGCCAUGUAUUGCGCACUUUUUUGUGCUCUCCUCAUUUGGUAAUUGGCCCCAUGUAUGUCUAUGGCGCAAAGACAUGUUUUUCUCUUAUUCCUCUGGCACUAAAAAUCACUCGAUAUCUUAUCCAGUUGUUAGGGCUGUGUCUGAAAAGCUUGGCGGACCUGUUGACAUUCUUCAUCUUGACGCACAUCCAGAUAUCUAUGACUGUUUUGAAGGGAACACUUACUCACAUGCUUCUUCAUUCGCAAGAAUAAUGGAGGGAGGUUAUGCGAGGCGACUUUUGCAGGUUGGACUUAGAUCAAUUACCAAAGAAGGACGUGAGCAAGGGAAGAGAUUUGGUGUGGAACAGUAUGAGAUGCGAACCUUCUCCAGGGAUCGGGAGAAGCUUGAGAAUCUGAAACUUGGGGAAGGUGUGAAGGGGGUGUAUGUCGACGUCGACGUGGACUGCCUCGACCCCGCAUUCGCUCCUGGUGUCUCUCACAUCGAGCCGGGAGGCCUCUUGUUUCGCGACGUGCUCAACAUCCUUCAGAAUCUGCAAGGCGAUGUCGUCGCCGGAGAUGUGGUGGAGUUCAACCCGCAGCGUGACACGGUCGACGGCAUGACGGCUAUGGUCGCCGCAAAGCUGGUCCGGGAGCUGAGCGCCAAGAUCUCAAAAUGAGCAGCGAUAGUCAGGACCAAGCAGCAAAGAGGAUUUUCAGGCACGGUGGUCGUUGAUCUCAGUUCCUGCCAAUCAUUCAUUUGUGCCACGUUUUAGUCUGACAAUCUUCUAUAAAUAACAAAAUCAGGCUGCAAAAUGUCCUUGAAU